AUGACUACCCAGACGUACCAUUUACCCUUUUACUUCCAAGCAGUCAAAGGUGUGGACCCUCAGACUUCGGGUAUAAACAUCCUCCCACAUGGAGUUACGACUACCGUCGCGACUCUGAUUGUCGGUUCCGUCGUCACAUGGCUUGGGUACUAUGUUCCUUUCAUGUGGAUGGGCUCGGCUAUCUUCACCACUGGUGCAGGACUGCUAUACACUAUUAACCAGGGUACACGAUUGGCCCAAUGGUUUGGCUUUGAGGUCCUUGCAGGUGCGGGGUUUGGUAUAGUUAUCCAGAUUCCCAUUUUUGCUGUCCAGGUGGUUUUGAGUACUGCAGACAUCCCUCUAGGAACAGUUUUGGUCAUAAUAUCUCAAGCACUUGGGGGAUCUGUGGGGCUCCCUAUAUCCCAGAACGUGUUCCAGAACUCGCUUCGUCAAAGAUUGGAAGAAAUCAGCGACAUUGACGUUGAAGCUAUUAUUGCUGUAGGUGGCAUCGACUUGGAACAUAUCGUCUCAGACCAAAGUCUUUCCUACGUAAGGAAUUCUUUCCGGUACGGUGUGUCUAACGCGUUCAUUGUGUCGACGUCGCUCGCUGGUGUAGCAUUCUUGGCGAGCAUCGGAAUGGAAAGACGGAAGAUCAAGUGUAAGAAAGAGAGGGGAAUUGCAGAGCAAGAUUGA